CGCGGUCCUUCGACUCGCAUCUCCAUCUACUCGCAGUGCUCUAUCAGUGCCAACCCGUACGCCACCAUGACUGUCCAGAUCAAGCCCAGCCACACCUACAGGUUCAUCCACGCCAAGAGCCGCGCUGUCCUUGACCUCUCCAUGGCUGACUUCAAGUCAGUCGCCGCGGGAACUUGGGCCGACAGCGACAAUCAAAAGUGGGUGGCGGAGCGCGCUAGGUCGGUACCCGAGACUGGCGCAACGCGGUGGACGUUCCGCAACGUUGCCACGGGGCUCUACCUUGGUAUCGACGGGGUGCCGCGGAGUGCUGCACGCGUUGCUGCUACUCGGACGGAGACAGAAUGGGACGUCCGUCCUGACCGGGAGGACCCUGCGGCGCUUCGAGUCGUUGUCCCAACCGCCCGCCUGGCUCUGCAAUUGGGUGAUAAGGGUACUCCGCAGCAGGGCGCCCCUGCAAUGCUGUGGGAGAACCGAGACGGAGAAGACCAACGUUGGCAGCUUGAGGAGGAUAAGCGCUCUUAUUGAAGCGUGACCUUGCUAUGAAGGAACUUGCGCGGCGUGGCAGCUUGAGUACUUCCCUGCACUCGGAUGCUACCCAGUUCGUCAGAUCUCAAGGUUCCGAGCGGUCACAACAGGUUUGCACGGACUCACUGUACAGAUGCACGGAGAGAUUUUCGGUAGAGUCGUACUACGCUGGUCAUCCGUUUGCUACGUCUUCUCGCUUCUAUGUAUUCACGGACACUUGGGGUUUGCUAUCAAAGCAGAGUGUGGAUAUCCAGGUCUAUAUGUGAGCGGCUAGCAACUCUAUCAGGUGCACUCCUGUCAUUCGGCUACCUGUGCUCGGUUAGUAUAAUGCUACACAGUGGAGCUACUAUGCCCCAG